GGCAGGGCGGAGGGAUCGGGAGACACUCCGAAUUUGUUGAAAGUCAUGAAAUAUUUUGACUGAGAGUCUAAUAAUACGCGAUCGCGCACCUCGAAUAUCCCGACAUAGACAGAAAUCGCGAUCGGGUGUCAAGGAGUAGGUGUACGCUGCUGUUCUGAUUGUAAUUGUAUAUGUGCUGCGGAAAAUAAUAAUUUGGCAACAAGGGAAUUCCGCUAAGAGCCCAGAAAAACGACUGGAUGCUGAAAACAUGGAGACAAGGCGAGCCCGGAGCGCAGAGCAACUUUUUUAGAUUUUGUGCUUCGAAUUAAAACAACGGGGGAAGUUCACAGAUCGGCCGGGGUUGAACAUGCAUCGGACUGCUACAAUGCAUCUCGAUUUAUCUGUUUUCCUUCGCAAGAAAUUAUUUUCAAUUUGACUUUAGAAUAAACGUGCGAUUUGGAGCAGAUGAAAGUUUUAUGCUUAAUCAGUGUGUCUGGUUUAGUUUAAGGAGUAAAUUUCGGAGUUGUGUUUAAGGCAAACUACACGUAGCAAUACUUCGGUCCACGGAUAUGAGGCCGGUAAAGUUUGGUUAACAGGAAAAAGCAGCGAAUAUCGGACGGUAUUGGUGGGUCGCAGGGAAAAGGCUUUUCCAUCCGCAGUAACACGCUGGCCGGAGCUGGCAAGCUGAGAGAGGCCUGGUCCAGACGGCUGCGGAAAAACUAAUGGGACACCGGUACAACCAUCUGCAAAGGCUCGGAACUUCUGGACGGAUUCAUUUUGUUUGCUGUCAGAGUAACUGAAAUUUUUCAUGAAAUCGAGGGACGGGUCCCAGGAUGUAGCUAUGUUGUUUGGGAAAGCUGAAAACCUCUGAUCGGGAAACUAAAUCUUGGCUAAACCCGCAUCUAGGUGGCUAGCUAGCUGUUUAUUUUCUUCAUUAUCACACUAAACAGAGCUCGAACAGGCGUGUUACCAAAGUCGCUUUGAAUGAAAACGAAAAUCGGUGUUCGGGGACAGUGACGGAGGGGAAAGCACGGACUGCAGUUUCUCCGCCAGGAAGCAAAUUAACAAUAGCGAUCCUGCUUCUCCGGCUGACAAAAGCUAAGUGGGGAGUCGGGUUUAAUUUUUCUUCCAAAAAUAGCUAAAGUAUCGUUCCGCUCUCCGACCACAUUGGCGAAAUAGUUAUCGACUAAGAAACAGAGUGAUCGCUCUCUGUGUGUAUGAAACAGCGCGCAUUUGCACUUCGGCGUUUGCUUAUACGUUUCGCUGUUUCCUGCGUGUUUUCAUUUUUCUAAUAAACAAGGAAAACAAACAGCCGGCAAACGACUACACAUCGACGGAGACAAAUAUUUUCAACCUGAACACUAAGGGCUACAGCAUUGUUUCCAAACAACACUCAUUGCUGUUCGUUUCCAAACGGAUGUUAAGGAGGGAGCUGCUACUUUCCGGAGAAUUAGAGGUUUCUUUUCGCUGCAAAAUGCGAAUUGGACAGAAACCGAAGGAAAACUAGAGAACGCAAGGCCAAUGAGCGGCAUACAGUCUACAGUCACUGACAGGACCGGAAGCAUUCUCACUAAAGACCAUCCUCCCGACAAGCAGGCCAGAAGUGACAAAGCAGCAGUCCUCUCUCCACAGGAGUUUGACCCUACAGGGCUCGUCCAGCGGUGUGUCAUCAUUCAGAAGGAUGAGAACGGCUUUGGCCUGACGGUCAGCGGAGAUAACCCGGUCUUUGUGCAGCUUGUCAAGGAAGAUGGAGCUGCGAUGCGUGCUGGGGUACAGACAGGUGACAGGAUCAUUAAGGUGAACGGGACCUUAGUAACUCAUUCAAACCAUGUAGAAGUGGUGAAGCUGAUCAAAUCUGGCUCCUAUGUGGCUCUCACAGUUCUGGGGCGACCCCCAGGGCUGCCCCAGAUCCCCCUGUCAGAGGAGGAGGGGGAUGCAGGGCUGCUGAAUCCGGGGGGGUCCUCCCUCACCUCUCCCAACUCCCCAGGACAGACGGCAGGGGAUCGCACAUCCAACCCCUUGGACCACGACACGCCACCCCGUCCUGUUUGGGCGAUGAAGGAGGAGCCCAGCAGGAACCCCAAACUACUGAAGGAGACCCAGGAAGCCAAGAAACACCUUCUAGGAGUGCAGGAUGGCCUGUUGCUUAGUGAGGUGGAGGAGGGGGGUGCGGUGGAGUCGGACCCGGUGCCGGCCGCAGGUGGUGAUGGCAGCGUCGAUGGCGUCUGCAGGAGCAGCACAGCACCCCCUGCCACUCGUAACCUGUCGGAGAGUUCCGGAGCGGCUCCAGAGACCCUCUGCCAAAGAGAGGUGAGCGGUGCCAGUCCAAAGGCCACACCCCGAGACAGCCUAGCCUGCUGCCCCUCCCCCGAGGCAGAGGACACGCCCGAGCUGGACUCCCAGUCCAGUGUGGGAAGCCCCGCCUCUCUCCCCGCCCCCCAGAUCAUCGGCGCGGAGGACGACUACUUUGAUACAGAGCAGGAGCAGGUGAAUGGCCAGUGCAGCUGCUUUCAGAGCAUCGAGCUGCUCAAGUCUCGCCCUGCCCACCUGGCUGUGUUCCUCCACCAUGUGGUCUCACAGUUCGACCCCGCCCCUCUGCUCUGCUUCCUGUACGCCGAGCUGUACAAGCAGGCCGGCUCCAAAGACACGCGCCGCAUCUUCAUGGACCUACACAGCUUCUUCAUGGACCGAGCAGCGAACCUGAAGGUGGCGGUGCCAGAGUCCGUUUCCUCCGAGCUGGAGCGUCGGAGGCCGGAGCUGCUUCCGGAGGAGAUGCACAGGCAGUAUGUGCAUGUCCUGCAGGAGGCGCUGCUCUCCGACAUACACAGGAACCUGGAGGACUUCAGGCAGAAGCGCAGUAUGGGUCUGACCCUGGCGGACGGGGAGCUUGCCCGGCUGGACUCAGAGCGGGUUCGAGACCGCGGGGUGCUGGAGAGGGAGCGUGUCUGUGCUGAAAACAUCAUCUCCAGGAUCGAGGACGUGCUGUUGUCAUCCUCAUCAGCGGAGGAGGAGAAAUGCACCACCAUGCAGUACGUGAUCCUGGCCUACAUGAAGUUCCUGGGCGUGCGGGUGAAGGAGCCGAGGGGCCUGGAGCCCAAACGCGUGCGGAUCAACUUCCUCCCCAGGAUGAAGAAGAAGCCGGAGAGGGAGGGGGAGGAGCGAGUGAAGAAGCCGCGUUUUCCCAGCAUCCGCGUCCCUCCACGCCUGUCCGGCCGCACGGAGGCCACGCCCGUCGGCAAGGCCAGCGAGCAGGCAGGCAAGCAGCGGCCGCCGAAGCAGCUCCCCCAGCCCGGCCUCUCCCUGCCCGCUGAGGACCCCACGCGCACCCGAGGCAGCCAGUCGAGUGAGGGGUCGGAGCCCACACCCACCCCCGCCCCCACAACCUCACCUCCCCACUGCUCCCUCGGCCUGAGCUCCGAGGGAGGGGCUCGCGAUGUUGAACCUGGUCUCACACCCUCCUCAGCUCUCCCCAGGCUGACCGAGGGGCCCAACUCUGCCGACUCCAUAGAGGGCGGGGCCAAAAUACCCAGCAUGCACUUUGACUUCAGUCCCUACAGUCUAGAGCAGCUGCCGGAGGAGGAGAGAGAGAAUGACAGAGUGCUGGAGGGGGGAACACCCAAAGCAGGCAGACGGGCGGAUGCUCUGGGUUCAGCAGAGGUGCAGAGUGAGGAUGAUCAGGCGUCGGAGCGCGACUCGGAGCAGGACCCCCCGAACUGGCAGCAGCUGGUGGGGCGCAGUGUGUUAGCCAGCCUGACACCCCAGCAGAUCAAGAGACAGGAAGUCAUCAACGAGCUGUUCUACACCGAGCGCGCUCACCUGCGCAUGCUCAGAGUGCUGGACAACGUCUUCUACCAGAAACUGACCAAAGAUGCUGUUCUUCCCCCUGCGGACAUCAAAAACAUCUUCACCAACCUGGAGGAGAUCGUCCUUCUGCAUGGAUCUAUAUCUGAACAGAUGACAGCAAUACGGAAGAAAAAUGAAUCUUCAGUGAUUGACCAAAUAGGAGACGACUUGCUGUCCUGGUUCAGCGGUGGUGAGGAGGAGAAGAUCAAGCGCGCGGUCAGCACAUUCUGCAGCAACCAGCCCUUCGCCCUCGAGCUCAUCAAAACCCGCCAGAAGAAGGACUCACGGUUCGCCGCCUUCAUACAGGAGGCGGAGAGUAACCGCUUGUGCCGCAGACUCCAGCUGAAGGACAUCAUUCCUGUGGAAAUGCAGAGACUCACCAAGUACCCCCUGCUGCUGGAGAACAUCGCCAAGUACACAGAGGAUGCUGAGGAGAGGGGAAAGGUGAAGAAGGCAGGAGAGUGCUGUCGAAAGAUUCUGAACCACGUGAACCAGGCUGUGAAGGAGUCCGAGAACAAACAGAGGCUGGAGGACUACCAGAGACGCCUGGAUCUCUCGUCACUGAAGCAGAGUGAGAACCCCAUGAUCUCAGAGUUCAAGAACCUGGAUCUCACCAAACGCAAGAUGGUGCACGAGGGGCCACUGUCCUGGAAGGUCAACAAAGACAAGACGAUCGAGCUCUACACUCUGCUGCUGGAGGACAUCCUGGUGCUGAUGCAGAAGCAGGAUGAUCGGCUCGUGCUCCGCUGCCACAGUAAGAACCUGGCCGGCAGCUCCGACACCAAGCACAUCUACAGCCCCGUCAUCAAGCUGAGCACCGUGCUGGUGCGCUCGGUGGCCACCGACAACAAGUCCUUCUUCGUGCUCUCCAUGUCGGAUAACGGAGCCCAGAUCUACGAGCUGAUGGCGCAGACGGUGUCGGAGCAGAGAACGUGGCAGUGUCUGAUUACGCAGAGGGCAGACUCCAUGAAAAGCAAGCAGCACAACGUCAUCCCUCUGCCUCAGCCACAUGGCGAGCGAGAGACUGUGGAGAUGAAGCUCUGCAAGGACCCUGACCGCACCCUGACAGCCAGUGCCCAGUCUCCAGGUGACCUACCUGCCCAUCAACACAACCGCUGCUGCGUUUCUGCUCAUACGCAUAAGGACGCCAUGGUCGCCUCUCCCAGCACACUCCCCAACACCCUCGCAGCCUCCACCCCCUUCCAGGAGGAGGAAGAGGAGGCCGCGUUCCAGGAGCAAGAGGGAGACGAAGGACCCUUCCUGGACUCCGACCUCGCUGAUAGGCUGCCUUUCCUCAAGCAGAGGUCACGUCAGGCUGUUGCCAUUGAUGAUGACGAAUCAAACUCCUUCGUUCUCCCUCCCUCCAGAGCGGAGGAGGCCCUGAAAGCCUUGGCUGCGCUGAAGCAGGUCCUUGUCAGUCAGAUGAUGUCACAGGAGGAGGGUGAGAGUGAGGGGCAGUCUCCCGGGGGCCGUCUCCAGAGGACCGCAUCUCUGCGUGACUCCGUGGACUCCGCCCCCAGGGUCGCCAUGGCGCCCGGCUCCGCGGAGAAUGGCACAGGGCGGAGUCAGGCAGGCAGAGAGGAGGGAGGGCAGGAGCCCAGCUCGGGCGACUGUGAGGACUAUGCAGGUUACCUGGUGCUGGAGGGCUGCGGGGGGUCAGGCGAGAGCAGCACAGACGAGGAGCAGGGUGCCCCGCGGGGGGCGGCGGGCGACGCCCACAUCGACCUGAAGAGGCUGCUGUCCUCGGCCGCGCAGCCAGGGGGCACCCCGUCCUUCAGCCGGCAGGUCCUCACACACCUGCGCAUCAUACAGGCCAACCUGCAGCAUCUAAAGGAUGUAGAGACCAAGUAUAACGAGCUACGCCAAAGGCACGCGGGCCCAGCCGCGGACUCAGAGGAGAGCAGAGAUAAGAGUUAGCGUGGUGAUGGAGCUGCCACACUGCGUCAGAGGGAGGCCGCGCCCUGCCUCUCUCCCCCUCGUACGGAGGGACCUCCACAGCGCCUCUCCCCUCUGUCAGCGUGAGCCAGUCAGAGAGGGCAGCCUGACCCCGCCUCUGUGGAACGGCCACUCCAUUUUCCUAUACUUCUUCACAAAUACGAGCAAGAGGAGUGAACUGUACCAAAAUGUAUAAAGCUGUGUGUUUAGAAUAUAUUAAACACAAAACCAGAAGAAAAAUUAAAUUUUAAAUAAUGUAUUUAGCUGUGCUUUUUUCUUUUUACCCCAAGGUGUAUUUAUUUGAUGUUUUCCCUGUGGUUCUGAUUGGUAUUUCCCAUCUCAUUUGCAUCUUUUUGGCCUUUUGCCACACCAAUACCAUCAGCUCCGCCCUUCUCCCUGUGUAGCCCCACCCCCACUCCAGUGAUUGGCCUGAGGUCGCCCCACAGCUGCUCUGCACACACCCCUCUCAGACCCCCGUUCUCCACCUAAAGACCUAAGCUUGUGUUUACUUCUGAAUUGCAGUGAAGAUGCCCCUGUUAGCCGGAGAUCUGACGAGUUAAGUGUUUUUAAUCAUGCCAAAAAGGUCAAGCUUUCAUAUUUGAGGACCUUUGUAAAUGGCGUGGGGCAGUGUAGAGAAACCUGUAGCUUGAUUGGCCCUUACAGGGGGUGUGCUUUCUGCAGUGAUCUGGAGGAAAGCCCAGCAGAGAUUUCAUGAAGUUUAUGAGAACGUGGGCUCCCCUGUGUGUCAGCUGGGGCUGUUUAUGCUGUAAGGUCAGGCGUAACUGUACAGACUGUGUUUUCUCCAGCAUUUCUGUGCCGUGUUUCUUUGAACAUAUCAGAGCCUAAACUGACACACUCAGCUGCAGAACAGCACUGAAGCACACCGAAGUGGAGGCUUCCUUAUAGGAGCUGCUGCAGUAACUGCAGGUGUGUGUGUGUGUGUGUGGGAGGGGUGUUAUUGCCAGGCUGUUUAAACACUCUGAAGAUCUGAGUAGACACCUGGCACAUACCUCCAGUCACACUGUAGUGGAGAGAAGGACUGAGAUGAUUUAGAUCCAGGAUGUGAGGGUUUCUUUUUACAGUGCUAGUGAUCUGUACUUCUGCCCCAGCUCUUGACACUGGGCUGAGCUGCUGUGUGCUGUUGUUUCUGAUGGUUUUCAGUGUUGCACAUUGUCCUUUGGACUUGAGCUCCUGACGGCAGAUUUCUGGGGUGGGGCUGGAUUUGGGGUCACAGGGACGGACUGGGACAGGGACGGGAGCUGCUGUCAGAGCUCAGCCACGCCCGGGGACUCCGCCCAGGGAGACACGGUGCGGACACUCGGAUUUUAUUAAAAAUCUUAAAUUAAACAGCAAG